UCUAUUUCUUCAUUAUUUGAUAUUUGAUUACGUACAUUUUAUUAUUUUCUCUUCUCGGUCUCAUUCGUGUUUUUUUCCAUUUCUCCUAUUCUCUUAUCCAUUCGACUUUUGCCAUUGUUUUUAUUACUCAAAGAGGCGACACACAAGAAGAAAAAAGUAAAGAUUUUGAUAAAAAGAAGAAAACGCCAUUCAGUAAUAAAAUUCAGUUCAAGAACACCCAAGAAAUACGUCGUCGUCUUUUGUUUGAUUCCUUCUCCCAGUUUCGACUAAAUCUAAAAUUGAAAGUAAAUUGGCCAGAAAAGACGACGAACCAGAUAAUGUGAAGGUCGCCUCCCACACUCGACACAAAAAGAAAACCAAGCAAGGAAGGAAAAACACCAAACAGAAACACAUCUUGACGAAAAUAAUAAUAUCUCCUUUUCAACCUGUCUGCGAAUCUGGAAGCACUUCUACACUCCAUCUCGAUCUGCAUCCCUUCGUCGUCGUUGUUGUCGUCGUUGGGCGUUUGGGUAGGAUUGCUGGUUGCAGUAAUUAUCAUCGUAAUCUUCGUCGUGGCUCUAGAUUUGUACAGGAAUCGUAAUCUGCCAUCGCCGUUGCGAUUUUAUUGCAUCGCAAAGAUCGAUCGACUGUACGAGUUCUAUACCAAUGUUUCCAAGACGAUGGACAAUGUAUUCGUCACGUAUUUAGGCACAGACGGUGGUCUCUGCGCCGAGCCUGAUGAUAUUCCCAAAACAAACACAACUGUCUGGGUUCUUGGAAAAAGUUACAAUGCUAUUCAGGAAUUAGAACUAAUCCGAAGGGACAUACAGUCCAAGUUAUGGUGCACCUAUCGUCGGGGGUUCGUACCUCUGGGAGAGUGUCAACUCACCACGGACAAGGGAUGGGGUUGCAUGCUGCGUUGUGGCCAGAUGGUCCUGGCACAGGCUUUGAUUGACUUGCAUCUGGGGCGGGACUGGUUCUGGACGCCAGAAUGCUUUGACUCAACCUACUUGAAGAUUGUGAAUCGCUUUGAGGACUCGAGAAAGAGCUUCUUCUCGAUUCACCAAAUCGCCUUGAUGGGCGAUUCCGAAGAUAAGAAAGUCGGACAAUGGUUCGGACCGAAUACUGUAGCACAGGUGUUAAAGAAACUGGUUCGAUAUGACGAUUGGUGUUCAAUUGUCGUGCAUGUAGCUUUGGACAACGUCGUAGUUACAGAUGAAAUAUACUCACUCUGCCUUCAAAACGAAACCAAUGACGACACCUGGAAGCCCUUGCUACUGAUCAUUCCUCUGCGUUUAGGAUUAAACACCAUCAAUCCAAUUUACGUGCCUGCCCUAAAGAAAUGCUUUGAAUUAGUCGGUAGCGUUGGAAUGAUUGGAGGCCGUCCCAAUCAAGCCCUCUACUUUAUUGGCUACGUUGACGAUGAGGUGUUAUUCUUAGAUCCACACACAACACAACGCUCGGGAAGCGUUGGCAAUAAAGGUUCGAUUGACGAAUCUGAUUUAGAUGAAACAUACCAUCAGAAGUAUGCCGGACGAAUUGAUUUUCAAGCAAUGGAUCCAUCAUUAGCAUUGUGCUUCCUUUGCAAAUCAAGAAUCAGUUUCGAAAUAAUUAUCGACAAACUGAAAACCGAGGUAAUUACCUCGAGUAGUCAGCCAUUGUUUGAAAUCACAAAAGCCCGUUCACCCGAAUGGAAAUCUGCUGCUGUUGCAAGCGGCAUCAACUGCACCAAUCAAGAAGGUUUUGAGGAUCUUAACCAUCUACGUGCUACUGGAGCAGCUACGAACAAAGAAGACGAUGGAUCAGAUGAGGAUUUUGAAAUUAUUUCGUAGUGUAAUGGAUAAAAAAGAACAAACAAAAAUAAAACAAACUCCCUCAUCUCUAAAUCUCUAAAAAACAAAAAUAUUAAAAAACAUAUUUCGAUUUCUACAACUUCGGAUUACAAUAAUUUGCCUUUUACUUUAUUUUUAAGAAUAAAAAAGAAAAACAUAAAAUACAACUUCCUUUUUUUAAAAAAUAUAUAAACAAAGAACAAUACAAUUUAUAGGAUAAUUAUUGAAAAUAAAAAUAAUAAACUUGACUUAAAUAU